UGUCGACAUAAAAAAUCGCUGCGUUCGCGUAAAACAUCGCGCGAGCAAUAGCAUUUGUGGCGCGGGCCGUCCUGCGACCGCUGGACGACUUUGGUGCAGCAGCCCUUGCAAGCAUCACAUUCGGGCGAGGCUGUACGCAACAUGGCCGCCCACAUGGCCGGCGGCGAGAUCGUCACAUUAGAGAUCGGCCCCGGCGGCAUCCAGGCACUCGAACAACUCUGGGCCGAGGACGUGCAAAGGGACCCCUUCACGGAACCGAAGGGCCGCCGGCGGACAAUGACAAUAGACGCCAAGCGCCAGCCGCUGCGAGCGGUGGAGGAUGAGGACGAGCUCGUGGCGGCGGGUAUUGUAGAUCCAGCACACGUGCCGCUGCCGCUCUGGGCCGGCGCCGAGGCGUUGAGUGGAUUCAGCCACUUCCGCGCGGGAACAAGAGAAGGUGUCCUGGGCGGCGACUGGUGGGAGGCGACGCUCGAUCAUCUGAGAGGGACGCUGGAGCGCUGCGACCGCGCGCAGGGGUUCGUCGUUACAACGGACGCGGGGGGCUACGCCGGCGUCGCGCACUCUUUACUAACGUACGCAUCAGAAGAGUGCGGCCGCCGGCCUCGCGUUUGUAUGAUGCGCGUCUCGGACGAAGCCGAGACGGACCUCGCGCGCGCCUCCAAAACUCUGGACGCGGCUGUGGCCCUGCGCGAGUUGAGGUUGGAGAGCGACGUCGUGGCGCCGUGGCGGGAGGAUAUUUCCAGUAUCGUGGCUCUCGCGGCGCGGCCGCUCCGCGGCCGCUGCGGCGCGCCCGUCGACCUCGAGACGUGGGCGCGUUUUGUGAGAGGCCCCGGCGCGGGGAGCGCCGGCGUCGUCGUCGACGCGGCGCUUGGUCCGGAGCCGGAGGGGCCCUUCUCAUCGGUAUUCUUCGACGGGGAGGAGCACGCGCGCGACGCGACGCGGCGCGACGGCCUGCGCGUGGUUGCAACGUCUGGCGAAAGCGCGGAGCCGGGCCUCUUCUGGACUUCUGUGGAUGAAGACGCCGACGACGCCGCGACGGCGGGGCCGGGCGGCUGCGCGCGGCUCCGCGCCGCGGGGCCCGGCGCGGCCGAAACAUUUCGAGACCUCGCGGCCCGCGCCGGCGGCCGCGCCGAGGGCGGCCUCUUCACGAGCACCGCCGGCGCCGCGCGCGCGGCGGCCGAGCGCGCGGGCCUCGACGCGGACUACGUGGACGAGGUCCGUUUGGAUCUGCUCGCGGUCGCGGACGAUGUUGACAGAUAAGUUUUAUUCGUAAGCUGGCGUGCGACAGUGCGGGUCUGCCCAGCGCUGGCCCGGCUUUGGGCAGCCCUUUUUGGCAGCCACGGGGCGGACUGAGCGCCUUAUCGUGCAGACGCACCUCCAGAGAGACCGUUGCGAUCGGCCGGUGGCAGCCCGGCGGAUUCCUAGACGACCCCAACUCCCGCAGCCAGGGCAGCCCUAAACGCCGCCGGCGCGGCCGAAGCAAGCUAAACGCCGCCGGCGACGUCGACGCCAAGCACCGAUGGCCAUCCCCUUCCCGCGCCAGGCCUUAGCUUAUGGUGAGCCCUUCUACUGGGACGAGCGCUACAAUGCGGAACGCGCAAAACAUGGGAAGGACCACUGCUUCGAAUGGUAUUGCGAUUUAGAUGAUCUCUGGCCGAUCCUCGAGAUGUACGGCGGCGAUGAAUUAGCGAAGAGUUCUGAUAGGAGCUUGAUCAUUGGUGCGGGCGAUUCCGCGCUCGGCGAGCAGAUGCUGGAGCGGGGCUUCCACUUCAUCCAGGCCAUCGACUUUUGUAAAACCGUCGUGGACUUUAUGGAUAAGCGCUACGAGCACCAGCCGCGCUUGCAGUAUUCCAUCGUUGAUGCUCGUAAACUAGAUCGGUAUCCGACGGACCACUUCCAGUUUAUAGUAGACAAGGGCUGCACGGACGCGACGUUCUGCUCCUGGAAUAGCUAUCUGGAAGUACUGAGACUGAACCAGGAAGUUUGUAGAGUCCUGGAACCGGGGCGCUUCUUCCUGUUGGUGACCUACGGGAGCGCUCCCACCAGAAUGCCGCAUCUCACGCACGACUCGCUCCCCUGGAAGGUGGAAACGUGCCCGCUGCCGGGCAAGCCCGGCGUCUUCUGCUACGUCUGCACGAAGCUCCAUCCCCACGAACUGAGUAGGGCCCAGCGCGCGUCCCAAGAAGAUCGACGAAAAAGAGCUUCUUUUGAGAAGCACGAAGAAGUGGAUAUAGAAUGGGAAAGGAGGAAAUUAGCGCCGUCCUGUACCACAUUUAAAGACAAGUACACGCGCGGCCAGGUGCGCACGGUCCGCGUGCGCGACGCCGACAUGUUGCUGGAGCAGAUCGAGCAGGCUCGCAAGGACGCCGAGGAGCUGUCCAUCCAAUCCCAGGAGCAGUCGGGUGAUGCGGUGGACAAGCGGGCCAGUCGUGCGUCGCGGGAAUUGGCGAGGGCCUCGCGCGGGUCGCGGGGCUCCCUCUAA